AUGACAAUAAAAAAAAUUUAUAAUGGGCAUUUCCGCAGAAUACCAUCAAGGGACAAAGCUGAAAGUAGCUUUUCCACUGAGAAAUCAUCUGGGGAAGCAUUUAAUGAAAGCAAAAGUUUUGAAAAAAAAGGCGAUUACGGGAUUGUUGAUAACAUAAUAUAUGGUGCAGGUAUAGGUGUCGGAGCCGUGGGACUAUCGCUCGCAGUACUCAGUUCAACCGUUCUUGCCUCGACUUUAUUAUUUUCAUCUUAUUUUUGCACAAAUACUUGCAAUGUGAACGAAGAGGAAUUCUCUGAUGAUUUUAUUUAG